AUGAGUGGAGGAGGGAGCCAGCACAGGGCAGAAUCUCGCCAUGCCUCGGCCGAACCCUCCUCCUUCACUGCUCGAGCAGCUAUUGCUGCUGUCGUUUGCUGGAGUUCUGACUUGGCAAUCGGGAAGGAUAGUUAUCGGGAGAGUCGAAUUGAGGGAGAUUGGAGGGGAAUUGUGCGGGUUGGCGCUGUCGAUUGGUACUUCAGGGUGGCAAUUGCGCUACAAAUACGACCUAAGCGGUCAAUUUGGGCUGAGAAGAUCUGUGGAGUAACAUUUCUCGCGAUGGACGGUGACCGAAGUCAGACGCCUGUGUCUCUACCUCCUCCAAUGAAGAUGCUGUCUACAACCUCACUACAGUCGUCAGAGACUGAGAAAAAACCAUCAGUUGCAAGAAACGGAGAUGAGAAACGGGAAGAAUGGUCGGCCCGAUCAGUGGCCCUCUUUUUAGACCUGUACGAGGAAAAGUACUUUGAAAUGGACAGGGGAAGCUUCCGAUCCAAGGAUUGGGAGCAGCUUGUGGACCGUUUUAACAUGGAAGGAGGAGGUGGGAAAUCGGUGAAGCAGUGCCGGGAUAAGAUGGACUCCUUAAAGAAGCGUCAUAAACUGGAGAAGGGUAGGAAGGCAAGCACUGGAGCGGAGACAUGCAGUUGGGUGUGGUUUCAGAAGAUGGAUGGCAUGUUUGGUGACCAUCCAAAGCACCAAAGCGUGUUGCUCGGUCCUCCUGAUGCAGUGGACAUGAAAUUUCCUGCGGAUAAGUUUCGAAUUACGGGUGGAGAAAAUGUGGUAAUCGAGGAGGAAGAGAGCAGGAGGCUUGUGGGAAGUUGGAGGGAGGCUAAGAAAAUAUUGCAAGAGCUGCCGUUGUCUGCCGAAGAGCGGGGCAAAGCCCGGACCCUGCUGCUGGAGAAAAAGGAGGAAGAGAGACUGGAGUAUUUUGAAGGUGAUUUUGAGGAGGUUAGCCACUGCUUAAAGCUGCUUGUGGAGAGAGCUUCCGGCCACCCUACAGGUAUGGCUGGAUUGGUUCAAAUGGAUUUCGCAACGGCCUCUGACAUCCAGCGCAGGCUUGAGGAGGUCUUAACAGAUGUUAUAUCCCUAAAAAGACGGGCGGCAUCAGAUCUGCGGUAUUUCAUGCCUUCAGCUAAAAAUAGUAGAGGCUGAAGAAAUUCUUUAUCUCAAACAAACUCUUUGUUUCAUCCUUCGAACUCGGCUUCGUGACCUGAUCCUACAACUUGUCAGCGGAAACCUGGCAUUCCGUCAACUGUGCAGCGAAGGCAUUUACCAGGCUAGUGACUCUACUCCUCCAUGGUGACCGGAAAGUGCAAACCAAGAAGUCGGGCAUUUUCACUUCCGUUUCUUCCUGGUGAAAUUUGGGCGUCUUGCAGAAAGUGAUGGGACGAUGUCUGCAAGAUCUUUUAAGAGGAUUCUUCGUAUUUCAUUGUUGAAGCACAACCCAAAACCGGAUCUCUACAAUACCACUGGAUCAACGGUCUUUAGUCUAUAUGACGUACCUCUCAGAAUUCGGUUUUUGCAGUAAAUGGCAGACUUGUGUUUUGAGUUCGGGGUGCUUCAUCAGAUAACUCCCAUCAGAUACAGUACGUGUCAGCUGUAAAGAAGAGAGCAGCAUGUACAUUCUAAAGAUUUAGCGUUUGUUUGGUUAUGCGUUAUUACAAGUUAAGGGUACCAGAUAUUUUGGAUCUUGAUAUGUAGGAUCAAUAGAAUUGAUCACCGCCUGCACCUCCAGUAUCAAUCAAGUAUAAUGAUAAUGUUAAGUUGGUGUUAGACGUACUGUACGUUGUGCUCGUUUGUUGUACUAAUACUGUACAGCUAUUAAAUUAUUACGCUCUUUCAGGUUUGUCCCUUA